GCGGCAGUGGGGAAGGGCUACGGGGCAGCCCCGCUGCUGGGGCAGCUCCCGGCUCCGUGAGGCGGCGGCUGACGGCGGGAAGGAGCCGCCAUGGCAGCCGCCCUGCGGGGCGCCCUCUGGGGCUGCCUGCUGCUGUGCGUGUCUGGAAUAGUGCCGAAGCCCCGAAAUGCAAGGAUAAGUUCAGUAAAUUUUCGGAGCGUUUUACUCUGGGACCCACCCGGGGUUCGCAAAGGCAACCUAAGUUAUACUGUCCAGGCCAAAAGCAUUUUCCCUAAGCAGAACUUUAACAAUGUGACAACCAACUUGAAUGUCACAGAGUGCGACGUCUCUUCUCUGUCUGUUUAUGGAGCCUACGUGCUACGGGUCAGGACGGAGUGGGAAGAUGAGCACUCGGACUGGGCGGUUGUCAGGUUUAAGCCAAUGGCUGACACGGUCAUUGGGCCACCCAGUGUGAAUGUGAAGUCUGAGUCAGGGACUCUGCACGUGGACUUCACAGGCCCGGCUGCUGACCGUGAGCAUGACAAGUGGUCUCUGAAGCAAUAUUACGGCUCGUGGAUUUACCGAAUACUGUACUGGAAGAAAGGCAGCAACAAAAAGGUCAUUCACAUAGAUACUAAGCAUAACUCUGAAAUAUUAUCUCAGUUGGAGCCGUGGACGAUAUACUGUAUUCAAGUUCAAGGGGUUAUUCCUGAGUGGAACAAAACAGGAGAACGGAGUCAAGAGCUUUGUGAGCAGACCACCCAUAACGGUGUAACUCCUGUGUGGAUAGUUGUGACUGUUCUUCUAGGAUCAAUGCUGGCUGUCAUAAUAUCCGUUCCUGUUUGUUUCUUUUCCUUUUGGUAUCUGUACCGAUUCACCAAGCAUGUUUUCUUCCCUUCAUAUAUUUUCCCACAACACUUGAAAGAGUUUUUGAGCAAGCCUCCUAGUGGUUCACAGUUUUUUUCUCCAGUUCCACAAGAAGAGCAUCAUUUUCACGACUGGCUCACUGUCAUUUCAGAAGAACCUAAAAGUCAAAGGGAUGAGACUGUGGAAGAGGCCAGCGGAACAGCAGAGCACCAUCAGGACUCUAAACAAGAAAUUUCCGAUUCAGAAAUACUACCACCUUUGGAAAGGGACCAAACACUCCUCACACUUCAGUCAGGUUGAAAGAAAAGCAAAGGCUGUCAAGUUUCUCCUAGCGCUACGUUCUUAGGGAAAUUCAUACUUGAAACUCUGAGCGCAGACUUCUGACGUUGUUUUUUAAAGUCCAAGACACUUGAUGAUUGCUAUGAAACUAAAUGAUAGGUAAGUUUUUGCCACUGUUUUUAGUGGCUCACUGACAAGCUGUAGCAGUACUCCGGCUAUAUUACGCCAUUAAUUUAAAAAGCAAAUAUCAGAAAUGUGAUACUGGGUAAUUUAACUUGGAUGCACUAUUUAUUGCAACAGCUAGUCACAAUGGCAUGCUGUAUAAAGUUUUUACAGCAAGAUUACAUUUUGCAAAGAAAGAGCCAACCAGACUUAUUUUUAUAAUGAGGAAGUGUGUUUAUUCAAGAUAUCCAUAGCAAAGUAAUCUUCUCAUUGUUUUUGUUCUUUUUUUUUUUUUUUAACCUGAUGCAAAACUCUGGAGGUAUUCACAGUGAGUUAUGUACCAUCAUAAUAAACCAGACGUGAAUAUUUGGUGUGAUUUGCAUUGCAAGGCCUUAUUCAUCCUUGCUAAGGAUAACAGGAACGUAGCAGCGCGCCGCCAGGAAGCCUUCUGUGUUCUGGUGUUGCUCAGCCCCCUGAGCCCUGCCUGUUUCCUGCAGGAAAACUGCAUGGAACUGCCCUGCAGUUUCCGGUGCUUUCUGAAGUUUGCCUACCUCGUCCAGAGUCAACUGAACUCUAUGAAAACUUUACAGUUAAAGAGAGAUUUAAAAGUUCGUUUUAUUUACCCACUGGUACAUAUUCUCAGUUAAAAAUAAAAAUUAAACCCAGCUGGUUGUGACGUGCUACAUAA